AGCUAGAUGUCAUAUUGUUGAACUUUACACUCGUAACUGUGGUUCUUCUAUUUAUACAGAGAUUUGAUGCAGUUAGUUUCAAACAUCAAAUACAUGAAUAUGUCAGAUUAGAAUUCCUAAUGAAGAAUCUGGCGUUUACACUACCAAGGAGUACAUGGAGGUCUAGCUAGAUCCAAGAGCAUGGUCAUGGGGGAGCUGUCCCGUGGCUUCAGAAGGCCAUCGUCUCCAGGCCUGCAGGAGAGGGCACUGAAAGCAGGCUGGCUUAAAAAACAGCGCAGCAUCAUGAAGAACUGGCAGCUACGUUGGUUCGUGCUCCGAACCGACCAGCUCUACUUCUACAAGGAUGAGGAGGAAACCAAACCACAGGGUUGUAUCCCAUUACAGGGUAGUCAAGUCAAUGAGCUGACAGCCAAUCCCGAUGAACCUGGGCGGCAUCUUUUUGAGAUAGUUCCAGGCACUACAGGAGAAAAGGACAGAUCAGCUCUGAGCCAUGAGGCUUUCCUGCUUAUGGCAAACUCCCAGAAUGACAUGGAGGAUUGGGUCAAAGCCAUCAGACGGGUCAUCUGGGCUCCUUUUGGAGGAGGUAUCUUUGGUCAGCGCCUAGAAGACACUGUACAAUAUGAGAGGAAGUUUGGGCUCCGGCUGGCCCCUCUGCUAGUGGAGCAGUGUGUGGAUUUCAUACGGGAGCAGGGUCUGAAAGAGGAGGGUCUCUUUAGGAUGCCAGGACAGGCCAACCUUGUCAAGGAACUCCAGGAUGCUUUUGACUGUGGGGACAAACCUCUGUUUGACAGUAACACUGAUGUUCACACAGUGGCGUCCCUCCUGAAGCUUUACCUCAGAGAGUUACCUGAGCCUGUGAUCCCCUUCAACAAGUAUGAGGACUUUCUAACCUGUGCGCAGCUUCUGCUAAAAGAUGAAGAAGUGGGACUCUGUGAGCUUGUGAAGCAGGUGAACACUCUUCCUCAGGCUAAUUAUAAUUUGUUAAAGUACAUUUGCAAAUUCUUAGAUGAGGUGCAGUCACACUCGAAUGAGAACAAGAUGAGUGUUCAGAAUCUUGCAACAGUUUUUGGACCAAACAUCCUUAGGCCUAAAGUGGAGGACCCUGUUUCAAUGAUGGAAGGAACCUCUCAGGUCCAGCACUUGAUGACCUUGUUGAUCAGUGAACAUGAGAGGCUGUACGUUGGGACUGAGGGAGAUGUUUCCUCUGAGCAGACAGGAAGCUGUCCUCGGGGCAUGGUGGAGUGGAUCUCGGAGGAGGAGACUUUGAACUGCCCAUCACCAGCUCAGACCUCCCAAAUGGUAGAGUGUGUGUCUGGCAGUGUCACAUCUUUGAAUAUCAAUGCAGGUGCCCUGACCACUGCCAAAGUGACACCUCAGGGAAAAUCUGGGUUGAGCCCCAGCAAGCAAGCAAAAUCUCUUCCCUCCUGGAAAUACUCCUUCAAGAGUGGAGGGGUUCGUGCUCAGCCCGCAAAAAUUGGGGGCUCGUCUUUGGACGUAUCCAGCCUGCCCAGCACUGGUAACUGGUUAAUGAACGGGCUUUCUUCUCUGCGUAGUCAUCGUCGUACAUCUUCAGGAGAACGUAUGGGCAAGGAUUCAGCUCUGUCACACCGUCUGUCCACUUAUGACAACGUGACCUCAUCUAGUCUCAGCGUGCCCAGUGUUGCAAGCACACCCUGGUCCACGUCCUCCUGUGAGAUCUUAGUGGCGGACUCGGUGGGCAGCGACCCCUCAGAAUUGAACUCUAUGAACGCCGAGUGGUCAGUUGGAGGGUCUGUUCAAGGGCAGGGGGAGGACAGGAGUUCAGAGGUCACAGACAGCAGUGAAGCACUGGGAAUGUGUGUGAGCAGUGCAGGUUGCAGUGAGAAUGGGUAUCUAGAAGAUGUGGCGAACAUCACAGGAGAUACUGAAAAUAGCACGACAGCACUUAACAGCCUGGUAACAGAGCUAAAAGAUGAGUUGAAAAAGCAGAAGAUCAACUAUGAAUCACGAUUACUAAAGCUUGAGGAAUCAUGCAUAGCUCUGCAUAUCCAGAUGGAGAGACUAGAGGAGGAGUUAGACCAGGAGAAGAAAAAGUAUUGCAUGUUGGAAAUUAAACUUCGCAACUCUCAGCGGGCCCAUGAGGAUGCAGAGAAUCGGAACCGUUUACUUCAACGCGAGAUGGAGGAGUUCUUCUCCACUUUGGGAGAUCUAACCUUGGGAACAAGGACAAGCAAAAAUUGACUGGCCCUCUGAUGGUACAGUUCUCCUUAUUUAACACUGAGAGACUGUUGUAGAUAGAAAUAGAAUUUUGAAAUCUCUUUGCUCAUGCAUCAUGAGUUUUCAGAGGUAAUUUUGUGCUGUUUUGUUACAGCUAUUAUCAUGUGUCGCAGUUCUUUCCUACAGAAGCCCUGAACCACAAGGUAAAAAAAAAAAUUUACUAGGUGAAUUUUUUUUAGUGCCUUCCUGAGCCUAUAUCCUAUGAAUUAUUUUCUCUGAAAAAAAUAGUUUUUUUUCUCUGAACCUUUUUCUCUCUGAAUUCUUUUUCCUCAAAAGGCAACACAUGAAAACUUGGUUCGACUCGACUCUGCUCGCUUUACUUUUCUGAGCUUGCUUUUCCACUGCAGUUUAGUGCCGCCUCAACGUGGGGGGGAUUAUAGGCUGAUCGUCAUAGUUGCGCCGCCUCUACUGCCGUGACAUCAUCUUAAACGCGACACAAACAUUACUGACCAUAAACAAUAACACGACCGCUAGCUGUUAGCUACUAGCUCAUUGUGCUGCAUAAAGCAGUUGUUGCAUUGUGAUUUUACACAAGUGUAACAGUUAAAUUGGCCUGGUUGUUUUAGAAGCAAGCUUUCCAGUAGCUGGUCAACUAAAUAAAGUGAAGGUUUCAAGCAGAAUAUAGAGUUAACAUAACAAAACGUACUAUCCUCCAUCGUGGACUCCAACAUCACCAAGUCCAGGGCACUCUCCCUCCAUUGCUCGCCGGUCUAUUGUCCAUUUGGUCGAACCACUUCCACUUUCUUCUGUUUGAACCACUCUGGCUGUUGUGGUCCUUGAUGGUUCUGUAGUCACUUAAGUUUUCUUAACUUUUCCCAACACUGUUGGUAGGUCAGGUGGUAGCCGUGUGUGGCCAACAGCUGAGACACUUCCUGAAAGAAUUUUCCGUUUCGCAUUGUUCCACAGUGUGGUUUUGCGCACAAAUGAUAUUGCUGUCAUUGUUGCUAACUUUAAAACUAGUGGGUUGAUGUCCCGUGUCGCAAAUCUAGUGACGCUGGUAGUGUCGAUUCUCUCUGACCAGUCAGUGAUCUGCAGGGAUUUGACAUCAUAUUUAGUAUCGGCUCGGCUCGCUUGGAAACUCGACCGAGGUGGUACUAAAAAAAGUAUCAGGUACCAGGUACUAUCCACAGUGGAAAACCCCCCAAAAAGUGAGCAGAGUCGAGUCGAGCUGUACCAUGCAGUGGAAAGACCCAUAAGACACCUAAAAAAAAAAAAAAAUCACCUUGUGAAUUUUUUUCACCUUGCGGUUCAGGGCUUCCGUACUUUCUCUUUGAUCUUCAGUCUUAAGUUUAUUGUACGGUUCAAUUAUUGGCAGUCAUUACAUUAAUAACAUGCACAGUUAAUACCGAAGCAUGACCUUCCUGAUCAGCGUGUUUGAAAUAUUUGCCCUUCAAAAAGGCAGGUGAUUACAAUGGCAAUUAAUUUUCAUGCAUGUUAUGAAAUAAAUCCUGCUGAAUUGUCUCUUGAGGUGCUUGAAGUUCUCCAAAUCCUUUUUUUUUUUUUUUGGUCUAUAUAAUUUAAUACUUGUAAUUAUUUACAAGCUGCAUCAUAUCACACUGUGCCUGACACUACCAAAUGCAGACAAUGGCAAGUCAUUGAUGGCUCAUUUAGAUAGACUGUUACACGAUCAGACUAAACAGACACAUCUUUUUAGCUUAUCCCUUUAUUGUAAGUAAAAAUGCACUAUGGAAUUGUUUUUUGUUUUUUUCCUGUAUUAGAUAAGGUGACAUUGUAGCCAUAUGUCAAAACUUGUCCAAAGUUAUUAAAAAACUUUUAAAUCAUCAGGAUAAGAUUAUUUCAGCUGCAAGAUUGCCAAGUCUAGUAUUUACUUAAGCUUAUUAAUGUAAACCUAGAACUAUUUCUCAGGUGGUGUUUUUCAAAACACUCAAUAAGUGUCUUUAUAUAAAAAAAGAUGAUAGAACUAAGGCUGACAUAUACAGUACUUGAAUGUGUUAGUAUAAAGUUUUUUUUUUUAAGUGUGCACAUAUGUUUUUGCGGUCCUUUUUUUAUGUUUAUUGAUUCUUGUAUGCAGAAAGUGCCAAAAUAGAGGUCCUAAGGAAAUGGGCACUGAAAUGAUUUCAUUUAAAAUGAAAACUGAUUAGCGUCAAUUAAAUAAAUUUACCAUUGUCAACAAAGCUGUGCAAUGUAGUGACUAUGAUGAGUGACCUACAACUAAAUAUUAUACUGACUAAUAACACAUUGCUGUGGAAAUUAUGUUCUGUAUAAAGUUUUUAAAAAAUAGAGAAAGCAAAAAAUUUCCAUUGUCAAAUAAAAUAUAAUAUGUGAAUAAC